AAAUGGUCAACGAAGAAGAUAUGCGGAAGGCUCUGGCCGAAAUCGAAAGCUCUGAAGCUCCUGAUUACGCUGUAAUAGCCAGAAAGUAUGGAUUAACGCGAUCUACGCUCUCUCGGCGUGCCAGAGGGCUAACCACCUCGCGAGCGGAAUUCUAGUCCCAGCUCCGCUAAUACCUUACUAAUGCCCAAGAACGUAUUCUAAUUAAUUAAAUCAAUCGUCUUACCGAGCGUGCGAUUCCUCUAACUAGUCAAAUAGUCAAGAACUUUGCAGAGGAAAUAAUUAGAUAUGCUAUAGGGAAGAACUAGGUCUCUUAAUUUUGCCGGUAAUACCAAAGCAAGCUAAAAAGCUUAUAUUUACGUAAUAUCGAGAAUUAAUAUAUUAAGAUUACUCUAGUUAUUUUAGAUAAUCGAAUAUAAUAAUAUUACUACUAAUAAUAUAUAUAAUUGGGACAAAAAGGGCUUCUUAAU